GGCCGCCGUCGCAGCCACUCAUCUGCAAACAUGGAGCCGCGCAUGCGCGGGGUACUCAUGCAGUUCGCCGCUGCCACUUCAGCGGUGCUGAUGUACAUGUCGUGCGGCGUGUUCAUCGGCUGGACGUCGCCAGUGCUGCCGUACCUGCAGGGCGCGUCGUCGCACAUCCCGAUGUCGCCGGCGGAGGCGUCGUGGCUGGUGUCGACCAUGUCGCUGGCCAUGGCGGCGGCCGUGGUGCCAUCCGUGGUGGCCGUCGAGCGACUCGGCCGCAAGACGGCCCUGCUGCUGUGCGCGCCGCCGCUGCUCGCUUCCUGGCUGAUGGUUGCGCUCGCGCAGGACGCCGCGCUCCUGUUCGUGGCCCGCGCCCUCGGCAGUGUCAGCGUCGGCGUCGCCUUCAUGACGACGCCCAUGUACCUCGGGGAGAUCGCCGAGGACCGCCUGCGCGGCGCCGUCACCACGCUCUACCAGGUGCUGCUGAACGUGGGCACGCUGUACUCCUACGCGGUGGGCGCGUACGUGUCGUUCGCGACGCUGGCGUGGGCGUGCCUGGCGCCGCCGCUCGCGUUCGCCGCCUCCUUCAUCUGGAUGCCCGAGUCGCCCUACUUCCUGGCCAUGCGCGGCCGCGACGCCGACGCCGAGCGCUCGCUGAUGCGCCUGCGAGGGGCCGGAGACCCCAAGGCCGUCGAGCAGGAGAUGAAGCGCGUGCUGCAGACGGUGGAGGAGCACAAGUCCUCCUCCGUGUCGCCCACCCUCAUCUUCACGGACCCCACACACCGCAGAGCGCUCAUAUACUCCAUCUGCUUCAUCCUGUUACAGUCGUCGAGCGGCGUGAUGGUGCUGGUGUCGUACGCGGCGGACAUCUUCGCGCGCAGUGGCGCCGCGCUGGACGCUUCCGUCAGCUCGAUGGUGCUGGGCGCGGUGCAGACGGCGAUGAGCGCCGUGGCGGCCGCGGUGGUGGACCGCGCGGGCCGCCGGCCCAUGCUGCUCGUCUCCUGCGCCGGCUGCACGGUCUCGCUGGCCGCCGUCGGCGCCUACUUCUACCUGGCCAACACCGGCGCCGACGUCAGCUCCUUGGGCUGGCUGCCGCUCAGCGCGCUCGUCGUCUACGUGGUUUUCAACUCACUGGGCAUCGGGCCGCUGACAUGGGUGGUCCCAGCAGAGCUGCUGCACCCAUCGGUGAAAGGUGUGGGUACGUGCCUGAUGACAGUUGUUCUGGGCCUGUAUGGGUUUGCCGUGAUGCGGCUCUUCCAAGUGGUGGCCGACGCACCGGAGUUGGGAGAGCAUGUCGCCUUCUGGGCAUUCGCUGUCUGCUGUGCACUCGGUUUUGUCUUCGUGUUACUUGUGCUCCCUGAGACCAAGGGCAAGUCCUUCCUGCAGAUCCAGCAGGAGCUGCAGCGGAAAGCAAAUUCCCCUGGAUGAGGGCUACACAAUUCUCAACUAUGACUCAAGUGUGGACAAAAUGAACAUGAGUUGCUGUGCAUUACUUGGUGAAUGUGCGUGCAGACAAAUGAAUACUACUCAUUCUGCUGAAUCAGUGGAACUCUUAAAACCGGAUGUGUGUGUCUUCUGCAGACGGAACUGUGGUGUAGAAUCAUCAAUGCAUGUACAAUGUUCUCAACUAGACAUUUCCUUUCUUAGUUUUCUACAAAAUCAAAUUCUCCUCUUAUAAUAAAGCAUGCCAGUUCAAGUAUUCUCCCUUUAUGCAACACUUCAAAACUGUAAUUCUGUAAUUUUUAUCACACAAAGUAAUGUAAAAUGUUAUCAGCAUGGA